AGCAGAAGAAAAGCUCAUCACCAAACACUUUCACCUUUGCCAUUCUCAUCUCACACUGCUCUGUCUUCUCAAUACAUACCGUUUCUUGCUUACACCCCUGCUUUUGGUUAUCCUUGAACCUAUUCUACUUCUUGUCAACAUCCAAUUAUUUUCCAUUCGAAAACAAGCUAUGGCUGAUUCCUGCUCUCGCGAGUACAAUCAUGGGAACUUGAAUUCCCCAAUUCUUCAAGAGCUUGGACUGGCUGGGGGCCGAGAGACUGAGCUUGAAAAUCUCAACCGCGUUCAGAACUAUUCGAGCUGUGAUGCAAGAUGCAGAGGAGAAGCAGUGGAAGAGUGGGCCUAUAAAGGCGUGGCUCAGAGACAUCAAGGAUGCAGCUUAUGAUGCUGAUGAUUUGCUAGAUGAGUUUGCAAUUGAAGCUCAGUUGCAUCAGCAGCCAAGAGAUCUCAAAUAUCGAGUUAGUUCCUUCUUUCCUAUCAAUCAUAAUCCACUUGUUUUUCGACAAAGAAUGGUGCAUAAAUUGAAGAAUGUUAGAGAAAAACUAGAUGCCAUUGCCAAGGAGAGACACAAUUUCCAUCUAAGUGAAGGGGCUUUGGAGAUAGAAGCAGGUAUUUUUGAUUGGUGUCAGACUUGGUCAUGGGUGAAUGCAUCAGAAAUUUAUGGAAGGGGCAAGGAGAAACAAGAUCUGGUCAACGUGCUGCUCACCAUUUCAGAUUAUUUCUCUAUUUAUGGAAAGGGGGGGCUGGGUAAAACAACACUUUCUCAUUUAGUCUACAACGACGGAAGAAUAGAAGGGCAUUUUCAUUUGCGGAUUUGGGUGUGCGUAUCAGUUGAUUUCAACAUAAAAAGACUGACAACAUCCAUCAUCGAGUCCAUUCAACGCACUUCUCCAAAUAUUCAACAGUUGGAUGUUCUUCUACGAUGCGUCCAAGAAAAGUUAGGAGGUAAGAAGUUUUUGCUCAUAUUGGAUGAUGUUUGGAAUGAUGACCAUGAUAACUGGAGCAAAUUGAAAGAUGCAUUGAGUUGUGGAGCUAAAGGGAAGUGCAGUUAUUGUCACUACUCGUUUGGGAACUAUGGCUGAAAAAAUGGCCACAAAUCCUGUUCAGCACAUGGAAACAUUGUCGGAUGAGAAGAAGUUUGUGUUGAUGGUCAAAGAUGGUAGGAGAAGAAGUUUUCGUGACUGUCGUGGUUUAGAGGAGCUACCACCGUGGGAGCUGCUGGUUGUGGGUGUCACGUCUAUCGGAGAAGUAUGUUAGCCUGUUACUGGUGCUUCGGGUGGUGGCCGAUAGUGAUGUUCUUCUUCCUCCAUGGUUCUCAGGUUCUCUUAGGUCUGAACAGUGAGAUGAGAUGGGUUUUUUUUUUGGUGAAGGUGCAAGGGAGAGAGGAGCUAUUGGUUUUUAGAGUGAGGAGGUCUGAUAGAGGAUUAGUUGCUGGAACUUUCGUGGUAUGUAGUGUUGGAAAAAAAAAUCAAUCGGUCUCCUUCUCUCUUGGGAAAGGUUGAAGAUGAUGAGAGUGCAGUAUUUUAAUUUUGAGGAAAUCCACGUUGAGUUUAGCAAAACUUUUCGUAUUUUUUUUUUUUAAUGUAAUGUAACUGUUGUUUCUUAAUGUAAUGGGGCACAAGACUCCUUGAUGUUAUAUGGAGUUCAUGGCAAUACAUGGGCAUCAAAUUCAUCGU